CAUGUGUGUAUACAUUCGUACCAGAAGGUAAACAACACACAGCCAUGGCCGCGGAGUUCAGGACGGAUGUGAAGCAUGAUUUCGAUUUAGAAGUUGUUCUGGAUUCUUUCAAAAACUGUCGUUCACAGGACAACAGUUUAAAGCUUGACCCAUAUGUGACAGGGUAUCAGGAGUUAUGCAGGUUUUUCAAACUGUCUGGGAAACUGUUUGGGUUUGUAGCAAGUGACCUGGAAUCCAAGAUAACUAUCCUGAAAACCCAUCGGAAGUCAGAAAACGGAAAUGCUUAUGAAACAAUUCAGUCCAUGAUUGACUUUGAAGUGACGAACGGAAUAACAAAGGUAUCCAGAACUCCCCCAUCUGGGUCCCGAACACUCUUGCGUCUCCACAGGGCGCUUGGAUUCAUCAGUGAAUUCAUGGACAGAAUUGCAAAGAGCGAUGAUGAUGCAAAAACUUCAGUCAUAGCUUCGGAAGUGUACAAAGAAACGCUCGGGCUGUACCACCCGUGGGUUGUACAAAAAAUGGCUGGUCUAGCGAUGUAUAUGCUACCGAGCAGACGACAACUCAUUGACACAAUGUGCAAACAAAACUAUGAAAAAGCCUUAAAUACAUUACCACAUGUUGUCGCAACCAUGAAGCCAAUCUAUUCUAUAACUCAAGAAUUGUACGAAACUAACGAUUUGUUGAAUUUACCAUGAUAGCUUUAAAAUGUUAUUUCUUAAAUUGUGCGAAACUAGCAAUCUGUUGAGUCUUCUGUGAUAUUUUUCACAAUAUUAUUUUUUUCAAUUCUGCCGUAAUGUUGUGUUUUUUCGCGUGCAGUAUUAACUUGUAAGAAGAUACAUAUAUAGUUAUGAAAGAUGAUAUUGUUUGCAAUUGCCUCCAUUUUGUCAAAGAUCAUGCAUGUGCGAAGGGUUCUUGAAUUCAUAUUAUCCACCAUAAAGAAAAUUAAGAGUAACAACCAUAUAUUGAUUUGAUUCAAAAUUACUCGAAUUGUCGAUUGGAAAAGUACAAUACAAUACCUAUAUGGAUGUUCCAAAAGCCCAGAGCCGCACUCAGAAUUUGCUUUGAUAUCCGCUAUUGAAAAUUCCGUACUAAACUUUACAAACAUGUAUCUUGAUGCCUCCAAUUUACAAUCAUUAUACCCCCGCAUGACAAUCGAAUGUUUGGGUGAUUUACUGGAUUCAGGCUGUUCGUUCUUCUUUCGGCAGACGCAACGUCGAUUUUUAGCAAGUAUUGUGAAGGCUUGUCAGUUGGAAAUGCCAGUACUAGAGCGUCCAUAUUCUUCUAGUGUACAACGUUGAUUCAAUAUUGCCAAAUGGUGUUAUUUUUUCAGACUUUAACACAAUUUAUGACUCUAUCUAAAAGUUAAAGAUUUGUAGAUGCUUAUGGCACCAGAAUGGAACAGACCAUCCAUUCACUGCUACCAAAAUGUCAUUUCCAUUUUUACUUUUGUCUCAAACUUUGAUAUAUUUUUACAAUUAACAUUUUAAAUCCAUUCCAAAUGCUAUGUGCUGAAGCAUUGGGUGUUCUAGAAUGCUGAUAAAUUUUAAUCCUUCUUUCUGAAAACUUCUUUAUUUUAUUGUAUUUUGUUCCUUUUGUGGCGGGAAGGCAAUCUGUGUUGACAUUGGAGUUAUCCUGGAGACAAUUCUAGUGUCACACUUGUUAACAAGAUUUUCAAAAGUGAGCGAAUCACAGUAAUGCUCUGAGAGGGUUGAUGGUUUAUUAAAUUCAAGCUCGUGACAUGAACUUUUUUUUAAAGAGAAAUGUUAUUGUAUGUGGUUAUCAAUAUCUAUCCUCCAGAGUUGUCGUUCCUUAUACCGGGUCACCCAUUUCCAGAGUUGUCGUUCCUUAUAUCGAGUCAUCCAUUUACAGAGUUGUCGUUCUUUAUAUUCUGUCACUUGUGAACUCCAAAUAUACAGUUCGUGUCACAGUCUGACAGCUUUGGUGUUCAGAUGAGUUGGCUUUUAUUUUAAAUUCGGGGACGACUUAUUUGCCUCGUUACAAAACACUCCAGAGUUCACUCAUAUAUUGUCAUUGUCUCACUACAUCCGCCAGAUGUUUAUGUUUGAACAUCACUUACAUACUGUAUAGCUAAGUGAUUUUAACAUCACUGAGCCCUAACAUAAACAUGUGGACUAUACUAUACUCUCUUCAGAGGGGAUUGUCUGCGGUUUGGUGCCAAAAUAUAUAAACCAUUUUUUAAUACUUUGAUCUACAUUGAUAUGACUCGGUAUUUGUUAUACAUAUAGAUAUACCCGGGUACAUUAUAACGGACUCGGUACUCUGAUAAAAUGCAGAUGUUACAAUCACUGACUCAUUUAUUGUUAUUGGAUGAUAGAAAUACUUGUUUCAAAUAUUAUUCAUAAUAAAUCAAUCAAUUGCAUAUCCAGCAUCGUUUUGUGCGAUAUAUUUCUAUAUUUACAUUUGCUUCCCAUUUCCCCAUUGACACAAUGCUAAGAGGCAGUUGAAAAGAGGCGGGUUUUUUUUGUGAUAAUUUAGAUUUUUUUCAAAGUUGAAGGAAAUGAUAAGACAAUGUAAAUAUAAAUAUUGAACAGUGGUUUUAAUGUUGUUAUAGUCGAUAUGGCAGCAAGAUGUAUGGUGGGCAAAUGUAGUUUUGCCCGUUUGAUUUUGAUUGUGAUCCUGAAAACGAAAUGGCCACCAGAUGGAUAUUUUUGAUUUUGACAGUUGAAGGUGUUACCGCUAUUUCUUGAGAAGUAUUUCUAAUACUUCAUACUAAGGUUUCCAAUGGUCCCUAUGUUGUGCCUUUGUUCAAUCUGACCCAGAAAACAAAAUGGCCAAUAGUCGGUCGUCUUUUAUUUUGACAGUUGAAGUUUGGCAUUGCUAUUUUUAAUUGACAGAAAUGUUUCCUUAGAUCUAUCUUAGAUUUCCUGCUUGAUUCCUCUUGUACCUAAUAAUUAAAAUAAAGAAAAGAACAAUAUUGCAUAAGAAAGGAUAAUUCAAUGGUAGGCGCCAAAAUCCUCCUGGUUUAAAGGUAGCUCAGGAAUAUGAUGGGAGCACAUUGUAGUUGCUUAUAUUUACACAACAUACAUACUACGUAAUUGAUGAAGCUAGCACUAUGUAUAUAUGGUGGUGUUCAAACCUCCACAAAUGUUAAAAAUAUCCAUAUAUUGAACGGACGGUCAAAUUGUAUGUGUGUUGUAAAGACCGGUUCUAAUAGUUACAAAGCAACUUUGACAAACAUUUUGUAUCAGAUUGAUUAAAAUGACGAGUCCUUCUUUGA